AUGUUGUUGAGACGAGCCAUAGGAACAAUCGCUUCUUAUCCUUCCUCAAGCUACGUUGAUCGUCAUAUUAGUGUGAUUCUCUGCGAUCAGAGCUUGUGCUUAGAGUCUCUGCGUAAACUCACAGCUCUUAUCAUCACCGGAGGAAACUCGGAUAAUAUCUUCGUCGCAUCCAAGCUAAUUUCAUCUUACGCUUCUCACGGGAAACCCAAUUUGUCUUCCAGAGUCUUCGAUUUGGUUAGUAGUCGGAGAAGAGAUGUGUUUCUUUGGAAUUCUAUCAUCAAAGCACAUUUCUCCAAUGGGGAUUACGAGCGAACCUUGGGUAUCUUCUUCUCAAUGCUCUUUUCUGGCCACUCCCCUGAUCAUUUCACUGCUCCCAUGGUUGUCUCUGCUUCUGCGGAGCUUUUUUGGUUUGAUGUUGGGAGUUUCCUUCAUGGGUUGGUUUUGAAACACGGACGUUUCGACAGAAACACUGCAGUGGGAGCCUCCUUUGUUUAUUUUUAUUCAAAGUGUGGGUUUUUAGAUGAUGCGUGUCAUGUGUUCGACGAAAUGCCUGAGAGAGAUGUUGUUGCUUGGACUGCCAUUAUAUCUGGGCAUGUGCAGAACGGGGAGAGCGAGAGAGGUUUGGGUUAUCUUUGCAAGAUGCAUAGUGUUGGUUCUGAUGAUGAAAAGCCGAAUCCCAGAACAUUGGAAUGUGGAUUCCAAGCUUGUGCAAAUUUGGGAGCUUUAAAGGAAGGAAGGUGUCUACAUGGUUUUACGGUGAAAUAUGGUUUAGCUUCUUCCAAAAUUGUCCUGUCUUCGGUUUUUUCAUUGUAUUCGAAAUCUGGGAUUCCAGCUGAGGCUUAUCUUUCAUUCCGAGAACUUGGGGAUGAAGAUAUGUUUUCAUGGACUUCUAUUAUAGCUUCACUGGCGAGAUCAGGUAACAUAAAGGAAAGUUUUGAUAUGUUCUGGGAAAUGCAGAACAAGGGAACACAGCCAGAUGGUGUUGUCAUUAGUUGUUUGAUCAACGAACUAGGUAAGAUGAUGCUUGUCUCUCAAGGUAAAGCCUUUCACGGGUUCGUUGUAAGACGUUGUUUUUCUUUAGACGCUACAGUUUGCAAUUCGUUGUUGUCAAUGUACUGCAAACUUGAGCUUCUGUCAGCAGCUGAGAAGGUUUUCUGUGGGAUACCUGAAGAAGGAAACAAAGAAGCUUGGAAUACAAUGCUUAAAGGGUAUGGUAAAAUUAAAUGUGACGUGAAGUGUAUUGAGUCAUUCAAAAAGAUUCAGAAUCUUGGAAUUGAAAUUGACUCUGCUAGCGCAGCCUCUGUCAUAUCAACAUGUUCCCGCAUAGGAGCGGUGCUACUAGGGAAGUCGUUGCAUUGCUAUGCUGUCAAAACUAGCUUGGAUCUUACCAUUUCAGUGGUCAAUUCCCUCAUUGACUUGUAUGGAAAGAUGGGAGACUUGACUGUUGCUUGGAGGAUGUUUUGUGAAGCAGAUACCAACAUUGUCACUUGGAACGCAAUGAUUGCGUCUUAUGUUCAUUGUGAGCAACCCGAAAAAGCCAUGGCGUUGUUCGAUAAAAUGAUUUAUGAGAAUUUAAAACCCAGCUCAAUAACUUUAGUGACACUGCUUAUGGCUUGUGCAAGUACUGGAUCUCUGGAGAGAGGGCAAAUAAUUCAUAGUUACAUCACUGAAACAGAGCACGAGAUGAAUGUUUCUCUUUCAACUGCUCUGAUUGACAUGUACGCGAAAUGUGGCCACCUUGAAAAGAGUCGAGAACUGUUUGAUGCAACAAACCAGAAGGAUGCCGUUUGUUGGAAUGUGAUGAUCUCAGGUUAUGGAAUGCAUGGACAUGUUGAAUCGGCCCUAGAACUUUUUAAUCAAAUGGAGGAGUCUGAUGUUAAACCAACCGGACCUACAUUUCUUGCCCUUCUAUCAGCUAUCACGCACGCAGGUUUAGUUGAACAAGGCAAAAAACUACUUGUCAAGAUGCAUCAGUACGAUGUGAAACCAAACUUAAAGCAUUACUCUUGCCUUGUGGAUCUUCUUUCCCGGUCUGGUAAUUUGCAGGAAGCUGAGACCACAGUCAUGUCUAUGCCAUUCUCACCAGACGGGGUCAUAUGGGGAACAUUGUUGAGCUCAUGCAUGACUUAUGGGGAGUUUGAGAUGGGAAUACGAAUGGCAGAACGUGCGGUUGCGAGUGAUCCGCAGAACGAUGGGUAUUAUAUAAUGCUUGCAAACAUGAACAGUGCUGCGGGUAAGUGGGAACAAGCAGAAAGGGCACGAGAGAUGAUGAGGGAAAGUGGAGUUGGGAAGAGAGCUGGACAUAGUGUAGUCUAAUUCAUUCUUUGUCUUGUGAUUCCUCUUUUGGCCAAUAUUUUUAUUUUUAAAAUCUCUUUCGUUAUUUUUGUUUUUGGUAGAAUACUUUGUGUAUGUAAAAUCAAUAUCAUCCUAAUGUUAUUUAUACAGAUGAUAAAAACAAAAUAUAGAUGAUCAGUUUUCAAUUCUAUUCGUAAAAAA